AUGGUCGAUGGUAUGUAUGGCGCCCAGCCAUCUCCUGGCUCGAACCCGAAGAAAUGCUCACCCCCAGUGCAGAAACAGCAACAGCAGCAGGCUGAAAAUGCCGAUGGCGGUGCAGGAAAGAAAAAGAAGAAGGUCACGGCGGCGCAGUUGCGCGUGCAGCGAGAUCUCCAAGAACUCACACUGGGAAGCACGAUGAAAAUGUCCUUCCCAAACCCUGAUGACAUCCUCAACUUCACCCUGACCAUCGAGCCGGAUGAGGGCAUGUACAAGGGCGGCGUCUUCCACUUCAGUUUCGCCGUCAACCAGAAUUUCCCGCACGAUCCGCCCAAGGUCAAGUGCACGCAGAAGAUCUACCAUCCCAACAUCGAUCUGGAGGGCAAUGUGUGCCUGAACAUUCUGCGGGAAGACUGGAAGCCCGUUUUGAAUCUCAAUGCCGUCAUCGUGGGCAUGCAGUUCCUCUUCCUCGAACCCAACGCUUCCGAUCCCUUGAACAAAGAAGCCGCCGAUGACCUCCGCACGAACCGGGACGCUUUCAAACGGAAUGUUCGCUCCUCCAUGGCCGGCGGGUCCGUCCGAAGCGUCUCGUAUGAGCGGGUGCUGCGGUAG